AUGCAAAUCACUGCUGCUGUUAUCUCCCUGCUCGUCGCGAAUGUAGCUGCAAUUGCUGCACCAGACCCAGCUACCAAGGCAUUGCUCAGCUCUGUUCAAGUACGAGAGGGUACAGAAGUCGGCUUUGUCCCUGGACUUACCCUCGACAGCCGUGGUGAUGGCUACCACAACUACUGCGAUGCACCCUGUGUCGGCACCGUCUGCGUACAGGGAGCCAACCCACAGUGCUGCUACAACAAUGGCGUCUGUGGCUGCUGCUGGUAUAUCGAUGACCCAGCUUAUCUGGCUAAAACUAAGCCUGCGGAUAAUCUCUCUAAGAAUAGAGGAAGUACCAAUACCCCUGCUGGGAAUAGGGUGUCCGAUUCACUAGCUUCGCAGAGACGACCACAGGCCCAGUAUAGGGUAGGGGGAAAGAAGUAG